AGCGCAUUUGAAAGGUAGCAGUUUCAUGAUGGCGUUUAAGAUCAUCAUUGCUUUACUUGCAGUUUACUUAGCCAUUAUACCUGCUUCAGGCUUAAAUUAUCGAUGUCCAUCUAAAGAUCUUGAUCCUUGCUUGUGUGAGGAAGCGUAUGGUAAAGUUUAUCUGCGAUGUACGAGUUUAAAAAAUCGUCAACAGUUAUUCAAUGCUUUUCGCGUGAUGAGCGGUUACGACAUAACAGAGUUACAAAUUGAAAACUCGAAUCUGACCCAUAUCUCUCAUGAUCUCUUCAGAAAUUCCACUGUGGCUCGACUAAGAAUAAAGAAUUCAAUGAUGUUCUAUCUCUUUGAUCGGGACCUUCAAUACUCAGCAGAUUCCAUAACAGAAAUAACGUUAGAAAACAUAGAAUUUGAAGGGGGCUUAGACUGGAGCGUGCUGGAAAAUCUCGAAAAGUUGCAGAUACUUAUCGUCAAUGGGUCAGACAUCGAGCAGAUCUAUUACGACGCUUCGGAACUGAAAAUACCGCUGGAAUCGCUCUUCUUGUCAAAUAACGGUAUCAAAUUCAUUUACGAAUAUGCUUUCCACAAUUUAAAAGACUUGAAAAUAUUGAAAUUGGAUAAUAAUUUGUUGAGCAAACUUAAUCGCAGCAUGUUACCCCAACCCACUUCCGGAGUGCAAUUUUUAGAUUUCAGUUACAACCGCUUAACCUCACUACCAAGUGAUAUGUUUGAAGGGAUUACGGAACUCCAUACCUUGAUUCUUCGAGGAAAUGUGUUCAAUGUUCUUGAGAAAACCUAUAUGGAGAAAGUUUUUCCUACCUUGUUCUAUUUUGAUGUAGAAAAUAACCCUUUGAAAUGCAGUUGUGAACUUUCUUGGAUUCUAUCAGAGAAGAGACCUUAUCACGUCUUUGGAAGAUGCACACACAAAAAGGAAGAGUAUAAAAAACUGAAGGAACUUUCAAAGGAAGAUUUCAUUGAAUGCUAGUCAUUAAAUACCAGAAUAAUGAAAAUUAUUUUUAUUUUGAUACGUUUAAAUAUACCAUUGUUUGAAAAUGCCAUUUUCUUGAUCUUUAUUAAAUAACGAAGAAUCUA